AAGCCAGUCAAGCAGUGCCCGUGUUCUAGCUGCCCUUUAUCCGCACUUGAAGCAAGAUGGCUUUUGCCUCCAAGAUGAAUGCUUGCGGCCUGGUGAUCCUUGCUUUGUCAUCCGUUCAGAGCUUUGUCCCAGCCGCCUUCGGAAAGAGUGAGGCUCCACGUCACGAGGUUGGCGCAGCCAUGGCAGCACCAGUUGAACAGGUGGAAUCCAGCAUGGAGUCUUCUCCUUCCAUGAUGCCACUUGCCUUUGGCUUGACUGUUGGAUUGGCACUUGCUCUGCCCCAGCGUGUGUUGGCAGCAUCCACUGGCAAUGAGGAUGUGGGCACUCUGAUUGACCGUCUCUUCACCAAGGAGGCUCUUGGUGCCUUUGGCAUUGCCGGCCUGUCCUGGAACGUCUUCUACCUGCUCUUUGGACUCUCCGGCGCCGGUGUGAUCCUCUUCGCAGCCGUGCUGAGCUUCCUCCUGCCGCCUGCCAAGACCAUGGCCGAUGUGCCGAAGAAGUGAGCGCCAGGAUAGGGACACGGGCUCUGCUUGGGCCCUUUUUUGAGAUGAAAUUCCGAUUGUUUCGACUGGUGAAUCAUCACAUUUACGAGUCUGAAAUAGUCUGAACCUUAAGUGUCACUGUAAUCUUAGGUGCAAAAGUGGUCACUCUGUUGCUGUUGCUGAAUGUGAUGCGUAGUGACAACUCUUUUCUCCAUCAUCGACGGAAAAA